AUGUCUUUCAUAAACUGGCAAUUUUACAACAAUAAUCGGAACCAAGACCGACCUUCAGAUGAACAGGAUGGCCCAUCGCAUCGGUAUCCGACUAGACAUAGCAUCAACGGACAUCAAUCCAGCGCCGUAGGUGUGAAUCAGAGCCAACUGGAAAAUCUUCGCAAUGAAAACAACAGACUUCACACCAAGGUCGACAAUCAACGCCGAGAGAUUCAGAUAAAAGAGAGAAAGUGGAAAAAUGUUGUCCAACAAAAGAAGAAUCUAGAAGCACAGAAUUUGAAGUUCAAGGAACUACUUAAUGGUAACUCUAGAGAUACCAGCGACAUUGAAGAGAGGAUUCUUCACUACAAACAACGGAACGAGUACUUGGAAGCGCAGGCCAACCACAUGCAGGAAAAACUGGAUGCCUGCAUGAUCGAGCUUAGGAGCGCCCAACAGACAACCUUUGAGAAAGCUAAGACGGUCUGGGCUCCAGAGGAGGACAGGACGAUCCGAGAAUUGAUUGAGGAACUCUUUAAGUCAGUCCGAGCGUGGUCCAAGAAACACUGCGCCGCAGUCAGCGACUGGUCUCACUUUGAAGACGAAGAAACCCUGAAGAAAUUAUUCUGUGAAAUUCAGGUAGUGGCAGACAUUCCGGACAUGAACGCUUUGAUAGAAUUCAAACAUCCAUUUCUGGUUUUGGCAAGCUUGUUGUCAUCGCACAUUACAGAGUAUAUCUUCAGGAAUCCGUUCCUUUUCUUGGAGGAUUCCCAAGCAAUCGGGACCAGCAGCUCUCCAGGCUAUGUGCUCAACAACACAUUUCAAAGACUGUCAAAUGCAAACAAAUCUGAAGCACAUUCAUGGCGCGUUGAGUUCCUGAGAGUCGCUUUCCCGAGCACUACACAUAAUCACUUCAAGCAGAAAACAGAAUCUCCACUAGCCAACCAAGAAGACCCGGAUUGCAUAUACGCCUCAAUGGUCGACAAGUUUAUAUAUGGCUCUGCUUAUUUCUUCCUUAAUUCUCUCACUGGCCAGGAAGAAGCUGCCCGGAAGUCCGAUCUGCAUGCUCUGUUUCUGCGAGCUGGAAACAUAAACGGCCGUAUCCAGAGCCAACUCACGCAUUUCGAAUGGGUCUAUCAAGGCAUGUUGCUCAACCACCCAUUUUCAGUCCACUCGCUGUACAUGAAGGCGGAUCGCUUCCAUAAGCUGGAAGAUGACGAAGACAAGUCUCAUGAUGGGGAUGCGGUGAAAAUCAUAGUGAGUCCGAUGGUAAAAGUUUACGGAGACAGCAACGGAGAAAACUACGAAUCGGGACGCCUCUUGGUGAAGGCAGUUGUCUGGCUCGGUGAUCCUGAUAUGAAAGUUCAAGAGCCGAUGGACUCCCAGCCUGUCAAAGUCAAGACAGAACCGUUUGUACUCAUCGACUAA